AUGGACGCUACUAAUUCCCGCACCGCCAAGGACGUCAUUGCCGCUCUCAAUCUGACGCCCCAUCCUGAAAAGGGCUACUACGUCGAAACAUACCGCGACGCUGCCGCCGUCGCCGCCACCAACAACAGCGACGACAAGCCGCGCGCCUCCAGCACUUACAUCUACUACCUCCUCGAGGGCGAGUCGGGCCUCUCCCACUGGCAUCGCGUCCUCGACGCCGUCGAGGUCUGGCACCACUACGCCGGCGCUCCGCUCCGCCUCUCCCUCUCCUUGGACGACGGCGAGCCCGUCCGUGACUACAUCCUCGGCACCGACCUCUGGGCCGGUCAGCGACCCCAGGUCGUCAUUGAGCGCGGCGAGUGGCAGCACGCACAGAGCUUGGGGGACUGGACCCUCGUUGGUUGCUCCGUCGCCCCCGGCUUCGACUUUAAGGGCUUUGAGAUGGCGCAGCCUGGUUGGGAGCCCAAGGGCGCCAAGAAGCAGUAA